UUAGAGAAAGUCAUAGAUCAACAGCUGGCUUCCGAAGAGGUAGAAUCCCCUCCGGCUGGUACCUCUACUCACCAGAAACCGAUAACUUCUUUAAACAAUGAUGCUUCUGAUGCCUUGACUAUAGAGAGUACCUCGCGAGCACUCAGUAAGUUGACGUUGGAGGCUUUGAAGAAACGGGCGGAGGACAUGUCAGAAGGAUUACGACAAGCAAUGGCUCUUCGUGAGAAAGCCAAGGGAAACGAAGUGGGUUAUGAAAAUUUAUUUUUGGAGUAA